AUGGCUCCUUUGGAUCGCCCCAUUCGCAUCGGCACCGACUGCUCCGGCAUGGAGACGCCAGUGAUGGCGCUCAGGGCGCUCAAGGUGGAGUACGAGCACAUGUUCUCCUGCGACAUCGAGAAGUCCGUGAAAGAGCAGAUCUUAGCCAACUUCCCGCCCAAGGUCUGGUUCGACGACCUUAUGGCUCGGGACAAUGACAGCAGGUCCACGCCCAGCGUGGACCUGUACGUGGCGGGGUUCCCGUGCCAAUCCUUCAGCGCGGCGGGGCUGGGCUUGGGCUUCAACGACAAGCGCGGGGAGGUCUUCUUCGGAUGCGCCUCCUACAUCGAAGCCAAGCGACCGCGGGUCUUCGUGCUGGAGAACGUGAAGGCCAUCUUGACCAACGACGGGGGGGACACCUUCAAGACGGUGAUGUCCACCUUGAAGCAGAUCGGAUCCGGCGCCUACCACGUGAGCCACAAGGUGCUGGACACCCAGGACCACGGGGUUCCGCAGAGCCGGAAACGGGUGUACUUUGUGGGCAUUCGCAAGAACACGGUGCCCGCGGGCUUCCAGGGCUUCGAGUGGCCGGAGGAGCUGCCCAGGGUGUCCAUCGAGCCCUUCCUGAAUCGCAGGAGGAAGGUGCCGACCAUGAAGGACCUGCCGAAGAAGGGAGGUGUGACCGCCCGCUCCGGCGCGAAGGAGGUUCUGCAGCAGCUGAAGCGGGAGGGAAAGGACCCUUUGAACAAGACCUACAUCAUCGACAUCGACGCCAGCGCGAGGUACCGCAACUUCAUGCGCGACCGGUGCCCCUGCAUGACCAAGAGCCGCGCCGCCGGGUACUGGAUCUCCUCCCGGGCCCGGCGCAUGAGCCUGGAGGAGAUGCUGCGGUGCCAGGGCAUGGAGCCCGGCUGCUUCAAGCAGGUGGUGAGCGACCGGGCCAUCGGCGCCCAGAUCGGCAACGCCAUGUCGCAGAAUAUCUUGGAGCGGCUCUUUCUCAAGCUGCUUCCCCUGGCGGGCCUGGUCCCUGCGAGCCAGGCGCUCAAGGAUCGCUUCAAAAGCCGGGCGAUGAUGCUCCCCAGGAGCAAAGUGGAGGAGCCAAAGACCGGCAAGCGCGCCCUGGAGAAGGCGCCAAAGGACAAGGUGACAAAAAAGGUGGGGCUCAAGCGCCGACGGGUGUGA